UGGGAAACGUUUGACCAACGUAUCAAACCAUGAUUCAGUAGGAUUCAGUGAUUUCUACAAGUGUACCAAGUGUUACAAAUGACAUCAUAGUUAUCAUAGUUGGUGUUCGUAGGCAUGCACAAUCACAUUUUCUAAGCAUGGGUUUCCUGUGUUUCAAGUGUCUAGCUGGACAUCUUGAAUGAUAUCAAUCACGUGUGGGUCCUCGUGGUAUUGGCAAGUUAAUUCAGCCUUCCAUCCUCCACCAAAAUCAACCAAGAUGUGGGCAUCACAGUUUAUAUUUAUCCUGCUGUCUUUAUUUGCCACGGGGGCUUUUGCCAUCUCUAACAGGGACACAAAGUUUGUGGCGGCCGUGUAUGAGCAUGUCUUCAUUGCAGCAGAAAACAAAUCUGUGGUACUGUCUAAGCAAGACGCAGUGGCGAUUGUCAUGCGCAACAUGGAUAUCUAUGAAUCCCAGAUGGAAAAAGCAAAACAAAAGAAUGCAAGCAUAAUUGUCUUUCCUGAGUAUGGCCUCACUGGUUUCAGUUAUACCCGCAAAUCUUUCAAGCCCUUUCUGGAGGAUAUUCCUGAUCCCACGAAGAUUGCCUGGAAUCCUUGCCAAAAUCCACAGACAAACCAUUCAACUCCAAUCCUGUAUCGCCUAAGUUGCUUGGCCAAACGAUAUGACAUGUACGUUGUAGUCAAUAUGGGAGACAUCAAACCAUGCCUUACCAAAACAGACCAAUAUUGCCCAACCGAUGGACGCUAUCAGUACAAUACCAACAUUGCAUUUGACAACAGGGGGAAACUAGUUGCUAGGUACCAUAAACAACAUCCCUUCAUGGUGGAGAUGGAAGUGAUCAACGUCCCACGUUUUCCAGAGUACAUCUCCUUUGACACUCCCUUUGGAAAAAUUGGUACGUUCAUAUGCUUUGAUGUGCUUUUUUAUGAUCCGGCAGUGACAUUAGUGAACAAGCAUGAGAUUGACCACGUCGUCUUUCCUACCGCUUGGUUCGAUGUACUUCCUCUUUUUUCAGCGAUUGGAUUCCACGGGUCAUGGGCUCGUGGUAUGCAAGUAAACUUCCUUGCAGCAAAUACUCACGUGCCGCCAUACUUGAACACCGGCAGUGGCAUUUAUAGUCCAAAUGGAGUGAAAAGCUACUACAGAAGUUUGUCAGAAAAUGGUUCACUUUCCAUUGCCACUUUGUCAAAAAAGCCACGGGACAAUCUACAGAAUACAUCGACAGGGAAUACAGAAAAAUUUAAAGAAGUGAAGAACAAUGAAGAUUCGUUCUAUUCUGACCUCUUCGGGGAUGUCUUCCUUUUCAGAGAGUUGAAAGAAUCAGAAGGAAGAUUGGAUGUAUGCUAUAAUAAAAGUGAGGUAUGUUGUGGUCUUAGCUACAAAAUGAAGACCAAGCGUGCAGACGAAAUGUAUGCUUUGGGUGUUUUUGAUGGCCUUCAUACAAAAGAAGGGCAGUACUAUCUACGAAUAUGCACGUUAAUCAAAUGCCAUGGGCUUGACCGCAAGACAUGUGGACAGCGCACAUACAAUGCAAGAACCAUCUUUGAGUCCUUUACUCUCAAAAGCCAACUCAAUACCCGUUACGUCUUUCCUCAAGUUGUAGCUGAUGGAGUAUCACUUUUGCCCGGGCAAUGGGAACACGACAGGCCUGUGACGUACUUGAAGAGCAAACAUCAGUUGAGCCAAAGUCUUUUGACGGCAGCUCUUUUUGGACGCGUGUACGAACUAGAUGUCAACAAAUCUGUGCCAUCGUCUGGGGCACAUAUGAUUAACAACGUUAUCCUCAUUUGCAUUCUUGUACUGUUGGGUAGUUUUGAGAGUUCAAAUAUUUAUGUGAUUUACUACUUUCGAUCGUUUGAACAAUUUGAAAAAGAAUUCAUCUAUAAAUGAAAUAUCUGAUUCCUUGACGCCCAACAAUAACGCAAAGAAACAUUAUUUUCAUUUUAGUGAGUGUGCAAGAACACGGCUGGCCACUCGAUUUACCUUGUUAGAUUGUCCUUGACUUCACCUGAUUAAAAUACAUGUUUUCGUG